ACAACAUUAUGAAUAUGUAAGUAUAGGAUAAGUAGGCUAUGCAAUUUUCAGCAAAUAUAAAAUAUUUGGUGAUUGGUCUGAUACUGUUUUGUUUGUGUCGCUACUCGUUAAAAAUUUCCAACAAAAUAGUACCUUUUUUGGGAAAAAAUAUUUCCAAUUUGGGGAAAAUCCAUGUUCACAAGCUGGAGAACCUGGCAUACUAGAACAAUCUUGAAUAUACACCGCCCGCACCCCUCGGCCCUAACCGGGCACCGGUACAUACUACCUAUUAAAAAAAAGUAUCCUCUGUGAACCGAGAAGUCGGAACUGUCAGGUCAGCUGAUAAUUUAGUGUUUUGCGUAGUACAAAUUUGUGUUUAUUUUCAUACAUUACUAUAAAAUCAUUAGGAAUUGUUUAAAAUGGCAACUGGAGUAAAACCUCGUGAUGAAGAUACUCAACUAACUCGAUCAGAUUUAGAAGCACUUCAAGAUGCUAUGAAACACAAAAAUUUCCGUGAAAUGUUGAGUGAAUAUUGCGAGGAGAUACGUGACCCGGCGAAUCAAGCCAUCUACCAAAAGGAGAUGACCCAACUUGAGAAGGAGCGUGGUUAUGAUGUUACUUUUCUUAAUCCUAAAGCAGGUUAUGUUAUAAAAACGAGCGUAGCGGGUGAUAGAAAGGCUUUUAUUAAUAUUUGUAGCAAUGAAAAUAUUGAAAAGCCAACGUGCCGACCUGAAGUAGAAGACGGCCGAAAAGGUCUUAAUUGGCAACUUCCUUAUUCAAUAAUACCCCCGCGAGAAGACUAUAAUAAUAAAAAAGAGAGGUGUGUUAUUUAUGAUGUUGUUUUCCAUCCUGAUACAUUACGAAUGGCUUACGCCAAUAAACACUUUCGGGAUCUAGUAAAUAAAACCGCUUUAGAAGGUCUUCAAAAAACUUAUGGCAUACAUUUAGAUAAUAAUAAUAUCCGUUUUCCAAAAUCUUACUAUAAAGGAAUGGCACUGCCUGCUGUGAUUCGAAAGGAAGACCCCAAUUUCAAACCUCCUGAAGAUAAUGAAGAUGGUGAAACAGACCCAGAAUUAUUGGAGAAAUUGUACCCUCAGCAUACAUAUGAACAAACCAGGCCCAACAAAUCUCAUCAAGAGCGACAGCAUAAAGUAAAAUCGAAAAAUAUUGAAUUUGCUCACACAACUGAUAAUGGUUAUACCAUACCAAAAUAUGUUAUAAAACAGCAAAAGAAUAUUGACCUCCAAGAAUAUACAUACCACAAAGAUAGUAAAAAACAUACAGCCAUUCCCAGUCACAUAGUUGUAGAAAUCAAUUUGCCUUUACUGUCUUCUACAAAGGAAUGCAUUUUAGAUGUAUCAGAAAAGCAAUUAAUACUGUCUUCAGAAAAACCAGCAAAAUAUAAGCUGAACAUUCAAUUGCCAUAUUCUGUGAACGAUAAUCUCGGAAAUGCAAAGUUUGAUAUUACAAAACAUCUGUUAUUUGUAACAUUACCAGUGAUUGAAAGAAAUAUUCAUUCAGAACGUGAAAGUAUACUUAAGACUGAUAGUGGUGUUGAUAGUGAGGAAAUGUCUGGGUCACACAGUGAAGAGGAAUCUAAAGAUAAUUUAAUAAAAGUAUUAGCUUCGUCCCCAUCCACUAUGUCACUCAAUGCUCCCACAAUUCAAAAUGCAACUACCGAGGAAGAAGAAUUUUUGCUAUCCACCAUAGGCUACACUUUACCUUCUUAUACAUUUAAUAUGUUAGAUGAAAUUGUGGCAUUUACCUUCCAUGUCAAAAACACCGAUCCAGAGUCUGUGAUUGUAAGUAAUAAGGGUAAUGUAGUGCAAAUUAAGUUCUCUUCAAUUGGAUCAGGAUAUGUUCCUGUCCAUUAUGCAGCUAAAAUUGUCUUUGCGGAAGGUGUGCAAUUUAUUAGCGCCAUGGGAGAAGCAUGGGAUAAUAAUUUAAUAUUACAAUUAGAGGUGUCUGACAACAUACCAACAGAAUUUGAAAUAGGUUUAACAAGUGAUUGCAUGAAAAAAGAAAUUCUAGAUGUUUCUCAAAUUAAAAUGAACAAAAAGAAUGCUAAUGUGGCCAGUAUAACACAACAGGAAGAUAACUCUGCAAUGCCUCUUGUGGAAGUGACCAAUCUAGGACGGGAGACAAAUAUUCUUGUUUCUUCCAGCAGUCAAAAAGAAAACAUUAUGGAAGAAUGUUUUGAGGAUACUGAAAAUGAGAAAGAAGCAGAUGAUAUAGUCUUUACAGAAACAAAUCAUUGUGUGAAUAGUGCUAAGAGUAUAUUGAGGAAACCUAUAGAUAUGAAGCGAACCUUUUCAGAGUCCAGCUAUGAUGUAGCAUCAUCAAUGGAUUAUAUCAGUUCUGAUUGUAUACCAGAAGAAUCUAGCCUGAAGAAAACUGUUAGAUUCAGUGAUGUGAUUGCAAGACAGUUUUACAGAUUUAAUUCAUCUAUAGAAGGCCAAAAAAGAAAAAACCAACGUAGGAAAAGUAAAAAGAGAAGUCAGGAAAGGCAGAAAAGUGAAAGUGAAGCUGAAGAAGACUAUUCUUACUCUUCUCAGUCGCAGAAGACAAGACCAAAAUCAGCUUUAAAACAGAGACGGGAUAGCGGCCUCGCAGACACAUCCGACGCGGAAGUUGACAAUAAAGGUACUGUGUCCGAUUCUGAGGUUUGUUACAACAAUAAUUGUAACAACGACACCGAUGAGAAUUCCAACAGCAAUAAACAAAGGAGUAAAGACUCAGAUCUUGAUACUUAUGAAAAAGUAACGAAAGCAAAACCUACUCAAUUUGAAGCUGAAGAUAAACCUAAGAAAAAUCCUAAAGACGUCAGCAAAAGGGAGACAUCUAGUGAAAUUAAACAUAAUACCGACAUGUACAAUCCAGACAAAUUAAACAAAGGUCGGUAUCAAGAAGUGAAAUUCAAAAACGAUCUCAUUUUCGAUUUGGACAUGUAAUAACUGCCAUUUAUUUAUAGUUAUUCCAUAAUAUUAUUGUGUUAUAGAAUAUAGAUCCUUAUUGCACCAGUGAUUAUGGUUAUUUUAGAUUGUAACUAUGUUUCGUGAUGGCGCACGAUUACGGAAUUAGUGUUAUGAAGGUACUGUUCGAUUGAUGUGUUUGUAAUAUCCACUAAAUUAUGUUCCUUUCCUAAUUUAAAAAUGUCCUGUUAUCGUAGAAGUUUGUGACAAUGGUUGAAUUAUCCGAAACAAUUGAGCGUGAAAUUGUAUGUUAUUAGAUACGUGAAUAUAUUGAAAUUGAUAUUUUUAAUUAAUUCUGCUGUCUACUACAACUACAGCAUAAUUUGUAAUACCUACUAGAUUCUGUUGACCCACUUAUAAACGAAUAUUCAUAUUUUAUUACGUUGUGUCAUGUACUAUACUGUUAUAUUUAAGAUGGUGUAUAUCUUAACGCAUAGUCACACGAAACAUGAAAAAAUAACGCCUCAUUGCAGAAAAAAAUUCAUCAUCAAACAUCAAAUGAAAAUAAAUGUUACGUAAAAAAAAAUAUAAAAAACACGCUUUUUAUAGAAGAUCGAACUAAAAAAUAGAAAAAAAUAGGAUGUAAGUAUUCGGGAAUAAUGUAGUCUAAAGCCAUUCAGUAAUGUGUAGUCUUAGUUAAUAUAUAGUUAUAAAUAGUAGUUAACACACACGCUUCUUACAGGAAACCGGAAAAAAAAUAUAAAAUCUAUUUUAAAAUUUUAAAUUAACCUCAAUUCCUGCAAUAUAGACGUUAGAUGAACAUUAUAUAAUUUAACAAAAUUCUUAUUUUGCAAAUUGAAAAAUGGGAUAAUUUUAUCAAAUUAAUUUAUUGUCAUCGGUCCUCGAUAAAUCGACGAAGUUUGAACGAAAUCUUAGGUUUUAAAAUGGGUCAAAAUGCGCCCAAAUGAGUCGGUUACAAACAAACAUACAUACAGGUAAAGCUAAUAAAAAGCGCGUAAUCAAGUCAGACCAGAACAGCAUUAUUUGCUAGAUAUUACUUCUCACAGCCUCUUUGCAGCAUUAUUUGCUAACUGCAGUAAUCCCGAACUGAUACGAUUAAGGGAUUUUCAAACUAAGAGCUACUCUAAACUCAAUGGUCAGCAAAAAAAUUCCAAGAACUAUGCUAUGGCAGCAUGUUUAUAACAGCUCGUGAGCUGCUGCUCUUUCCAUUAAAAUUGCAAACAACGCGAACGGUUGAUUUAACUUAUUCUACAAAUCUAGGGUGAAAUAUGUAUUGGUGUUAUUUAUUACGUGCGUGUGUUUAUUUUAAAAUAAUAUGCGUGUAGGUAUACAUCAUCUUACAAUUCCUUUACGAAUUGUGUUUGUUACAUUGUUUAUAAGACAUUUGGACAAUUAUUUAAUUCUUUAAUUUGAAUUCACUUCAGACAAUGCAUACUUUCUACGUGUUUACUACAAUUAGUACAAAUUAGAUUUACAAUUACAUUAGAAUAAGACAGAGCACAAUAAUGCACUCUGCACUAUGUAUUAUCUUAUAGAAAUGUUUAGUUCCAGUCUAAAUAAAAAAUUCUAAUGAUCUUAUCAACUUUAAUGAAUUUCGCUAUCUACUAUUGUAAUGUACGUAUAAAGUUUUACAUUUUCAGUCAUCUUGUUACGGUGCCUAAUGAGUGGUUAUGCAGCAUAAAGGAUAGAAUUAAAAACGAUAUAAAUGAAAUUUUAUAGUUUGUACAGCUUUAAUCAAAAUUUUACAGCAAAUUCAUAUCGAAUAUACUUUGAUUACUAUUACCAAUAGUAAUUAGUCUAAACAUUAAAAUAUACACUGGUCACUGAAUUUAGAUAAUUUCGGUCAUCGACCUGUAACUGUCUGUCUUUUUCGCUCGCGUAUCUUUCUAUCUCGUACGCAAUAAGCUCCGUUAUAUUCAAUAUGUUUUGGUACAAUUGCUCUUUCACAAUCCCGGUUUGAACGUUUAAUGAGACUAUUGUCAUUAUACUUGCAUUUAUUUUUAGUUUUAACUUUUAGUAGAGGGUUUGUUUUAAUGAAAAUAUUGUUAAGUCUGCUACUACAUUAUCAUUUAUGUUAUUUUAAUCGAGGAAUGAUGUAUUUUUAGUUAUAACUACGACGGUAGCGGGUACGUACUUAUGCAAAUUGUUGUCAAUGAGAAAAGCCGCUUUAUUUAAAUUGACACAAUAGUUGUCACUGAGGACUAGCGUACAUAACCAGUGAAAAAAUGAUUUAUUGGGAACGGCCGUAAAUAUCAUGUUCCAACUAUUUUAAUUAGUCUGUUUAUUAUACUAGACUUCGUAACACACAAGUGCGUUUGACCGAAGUAAUACUAAACGAUAAGAGAUAACUCAAAAUAUUGUUAAUCGCCUAAGGAAAACUUCUGUCAUCCAAAAAUGUGUGAUUACUUGAGUCAUCCUGAGAUUCUGUAAAAAGCUUUCGAGUUCAUACACCAAGUAUAGUAACUAGACAAAUUGAUAGUUUCCGUCUCACUCACAUGAGAAAAAGAAAAAUUUAUGCGAGUCUUAAGUAAAGAAAUGAGAUAGAGUGAUUAGAUUUUUUGUUUCGCCAUGCGUGCCGGUUUUUUCAAGGUCACACCCGGUGUGCUAAACAAACUUGACAGCGCUGCACAGAAAACUAGUGAAACGUGUGAAAUAUCCACUAUUUAUUCAACAUCAGUGACAAUUUUAAAUAGAAUCGAAGGAAAUAUGGUGCGAUGUUGUGUUUUACGAUGUAAAAGUGAUAGUACAAGAACACUUGUGUUAUAUUAUGUACCUAUAUAUAUAGGAUAUUGUCUGUCUCAUGUUGGCCACGCCAAACCGAUGUCAAGUUACUAUAAUUGGUCUAUGGUUUCGAGGUACCGAUGCUAUGCCAUUAGUGAUAGUGUAUUGGCGGCCUUAUGAAGUUACGUGUGUUAUAAUGGCUAAUCGUAACUUAGUAUUAUGAUGUUUCAAAUAAUACAAACUAUUAAAAAUA